AUAAUAAUUGAUCGACGAUGUUUGACAGCACGAACAAAUUGGAGUAAAAACCAAAAACGGUUUCGAUUGAAAUUUUGAUUUUAACGGGUUGUUGUUUUUACUUUUGUCACAUUUUGGAUAAAUACUUGGUGACGUAUUUGUCGAGGACAUCUUGACAAUGGUGGCAAACUCUCCCUCUCCUCUGCCUGAGAGGGCCAUUUAUGGGUUUGUCCUUUUCCUCGGCUCACAGUUUGGCUUCUUUCUGUUUUGCCUGUGGGCAUAUAUACCAGAGGAGUGGCUUCAUUCAAUAGGGCUCACUUACUGGCCUCAAAAAUACUGGGCCCUUGCUGUGCCGAUCUAUCUGCUGGUUGCAUUAGUGAUCACGGUGGUGUUGCUGUUUGGAGUGAACAUGAACAACACGGCUCCACUUGACUCCGUGGACAUCAUCACAGAUGUGUAUGCUCAAGGCCAGAGGACAACAGAGUGCCGCAAGGGGGGAAUACCCAGACUGAAAGAUGUUUCCAUCAGUGAAGUCAACAAAAUGUUCUAUUUGUCACCCAAGCUAUAACAAACAGGAACUGAUUUUAGAUGGAUGCAGAGUAGAAGUGAAGCUGCAGGGGAUUUAUUAUGGUGUAACUGUUUAUCUUUUGUUUAUAAAGGAAGGAUUCUAUUUAUUUAUCCAGGAACAAUGCAACAUGGGGUGAAGAUGCACUCAAAAGAAUUAACUUUUACACACACAAUGUUGUGCUUUGUGUGUUAAUAACAGUAAUAUGUUGAAUUUGAUGGGAUACAGACAAAUUAACCAAAUAACCUCAAUUAACCUGCAUACCACUAGUUCAGAUUUUAUUAUAAAAUACAUUCAUCUGAUUGGUCUAAAUCACAACUUGCAACACUGACCUACAAUUAA